AUGGGGUAUUCAGUGUCAGGUGUGGGAAAGGACAAGAGAGAUGGAGAGAUGGCCAUGAAAGUGAAUGGAAAUCUGAAACUUACAGAGAUCCUCACCAUGUCUUCUUCUCACAAGACUUUCAGAAUCAAGCGAUUCCUGGCAAAGAAACAAAAGCAAAAUCGUCCUAGUCCUCAAUGGAUUCGGAUGAAAACUGAUAACAAAAUCAGGUACAACUCUAAGAGAAGACACUGGAGGAGAACGAAGCUGAGUCUGUAAGGAGUCACACUAUGGCAAGA